AUGUUCGAUAUGUCAAUUCAAGAAGCGAAUGGGAAAGGACCUAAAAAGAGGAAAAAGUCCUUAGAGCGUAUCUGUGAUAAUGAGGAGCGUGAGGCUUUAAAGGAGGCCGAAGUGGUGAGUGGUGAUGGAGCGGAGAAAAAAGAAACCGCCAACGGUGGUGAUGUGUCGGUUCCCGGUGGCGUGGAGCUGCUGCACUGGCGCGAUAUGCCACAGCACCUCCAGUUCAAUCCAUACGUGCUCACUGGCUACCGUCCGCUUCAGAGCUGGGCCGGUUGCGUUGGCAGCCUCUUCUACUUCCACAACGAGACUAUCAACAUACUCACACAUGGUGUGUCAUUAGUCUACAUGAUGGCAGUGCUCCCAGGGCUUCUCCCGUGGAGCAGCGGAAGCGGCGCCUGGUUUCUUUCUCUUUGUCAUCUAUUAGGAGCCCUAGCGCCUUGGUGUGGCUCUUUUAUUUAUCACUUGUUCAUGAACCAUACGAGUGGGGCGAAGCUAUAUCACCGUUUGCUGCAGCUCGACAUGCUGGGCAUUUGGGUCAGCCAAAGCAUAGGGUUCAAUGAUUUGAACAUGGAUACAUUGGCAGAAUUCAGAAUAUUUUAA